AUGUUGUCUUACAAGUUCGUGUGUGUUGACUUGUUAAAGGCAAGUCAACAAGAACAAACAUGUGGUAGUGAUGCGCCCCCAUGUGUGUCUCUGAAGGGGGGAUCCUCUUGUCUGGUGCCGGUGAAACGAGAGGAGGACCCGGAAAGCAUGGUGACGUCGGGGCAGCCGGGAUCGUCGUUCGCGCUGGACAGGACCGACAACAUGCAACGGGCUUACAGACUGAAUCAGCGGGAACAGAUUAUACUGGACUUACAGGUGCACCACCUGGACACGCAGGCCAGCAGCUCCGUGAUGGGCAUCAACAAGGAGAUCAGGAUGCUGAAGGGAGCGCUGCAGCAGACCAAAAGGAGCACGGGAAGUAGCGCCGACGUUCUGGAAACGUCAGCCCGGGAGAGACAGGAGGCGGCCCCGGAGCCCAGACGCAUCAUGAUGUACGGCGCCUGGGUGGGACAGCGCUCCUUGCGGACCCGUUCAACACUGCAGUCCGAGCUCAUGCGCAACGCCGCUCGCAUGCGCCGCCGCUACGAGCGCGGCCACGUCGAGGAAGAAGAGGAAGAAGAUCUUGAAGAAGAAAAAGAGGAACAAGAAGAAAACAAAGACAUGCAUCAAGACAAAACAAGCGUAGAAGACACUGAGACAAGAAAGCCGAGGACACAAUCUUUACCGACAAGACCCAAAACUCCAGACUUAUCAUUGGAUGACUUGACACUUCGGCCAAGUUCGGAGCCUGGCGCUUUUAGGAGAAGAAAAAGGGAGCAAAAUUGUGAGAGAAUGCCCUUACUCUCCAGGCCGAAAUCUACGGUGCACAAGAAAAUGUCGACGGGCACGCAAAGUUCUCAGGAUUUUGAAGAGGUUAAAUCUCUUAGCCUUAAGACACAAACGAAAGGGUCAUUGAAUGAUGAGAAAAGUUCAGCGGAACCAAGAACAAUCGGUAGGUUGUCGUCUUCCAAGGUGGACCUGUCGUCCAUUGCGUCGGUUCAAGAAAGGAAGAACGCCUUAAAGACAACUAAGGACAAGUUAGAUCACCCUUCUAGACCUUUGAAUGAAAAACCGACGACAUUGUCGUACCAAAACAGAAGGGCAACUAAGGACAGCCCUGUCUCUUGCCAAACCAAAGCUCCGAACAAGAUUCAAAACUCCUCGACAAGUAGAAGUGGAUAUUACGAGCCCGCCGCUCGGCCCUUCUCGGCAGACGUCGCCCACCUUCGGCACAAGCUCGAGAAGAGCCGAAUCCACUUCGGGUGGACUCGGGGAGGCCAACGCCACGCGAUGACGUCACGACCGAGAACGUCAUCAGACGUGACGUCACCUUCUGGUCACCGUGAACUUGAUCAGUGCUGGGGCGUCCCUAGCGAUUUGUACUCGCACGACAGCCACGACAACGACGACAGCCGACCGAGCACACGAGCCGGGACUUGGUCCUUCCUCACAGACGCAACAACAAAAGGCGGGAAGAAAAGCCAUAGUAACUGUUACCCUAGCAACCGGACCAAAAAGUCGUCCAACGCGGACAGGGGUUUUCCCGCCAAACCAAGAAAGUCACCCCGCCGGGGUAGACGAAAAUCCAGGCUUAGGGCUACGAAGGUUAAACAACAGAACGCGUAUGAUAUAUGGGUUAAUAACUUUAAAUGA